AUGGCAGCAUCGGGGGACCUGCCAACUGGCUUCGGAGAGCUUGAGGUGCUGACUGUGGGCACCGUGCUGCUGGUAGAAGCUCUCUCUGGUCUCAGCCUCAAUGGUCUGACCAUCUUCUCUUUCUGCAAGACCCCGGAGCUGUGGACCCCCAGCCACCUGCUGGUGCUGAGCUUGGCCGUGGCAGACAGUGGAAUCAGCCUGAAUGCCCUCAUCGCAGCCAUCUCCAGCCUCUUACGGCGCUGGCCAUAUGGCUCAGAGGGCUGCCAGGCUCACGGUUUCCAGGGCUUUGCCACAGCCUUGGCCAGCAUCAGCAGCAGUGCAGCCAUUGCCUGGGGGCGCUAUCAUCACCACUGUACUCGCAGCCAGCUGGGCUGGGACACAGCCAUUCUGCUGGUGGUCUUCGUGUGGCUGUCCUCUGUCUUCUGGGCAGCUCUGCCCCUGCUGGGCUGGGGUCACUAUAAUUAUGAGCCACUGGGGACAUGCUGCACUUUGGACUACUCCAAGGGUGACAGAAACUUCACCAGCUUCCUCUUCACCAUGGCCUUUUUCAAUUUCCUAGUGCCUCUGUUUAUCACACUCACUUCCUACCAGCUCAUGAAGCAGAAAUUCACAAGGAGUGGCCGAUGCCAGGUGAACACCACUCUGCCAUCCAGGACGCUGCUUUUGGGCUGGGGUCCCUAUGCCCUCCUGUAUUUUUACGCAGCCAUCAUGGAUGUGAACUCCAUCUCCCCCAAGCUGCAGAUGGUGCCUGCCCUUGUCGCCAAAAUGGUGCCCACGGUCAAUGCCAUCAACUAUGCCCUAUGCAGUGAGCUGCUCUGCGGGAGACUCAGCCCCUGUCUCUUGCCCCGUGGGAGCAAGCAGGACCACGCCAAGUGA